GCGACCCCGGCGCCAUGUCGGCCCAGGGAGUGGCGGUGCUGCUGUCGUGGCUGAGCUGCUGCGGCUCGGCCCUGUGGAGGUAUUCCAGUAACAGCCCAAACUACCGCAUUUUUAGUACCAGAAGUACUAUUAAGUUAGAGUAUGAAGGAACAUCAUUUUCUGAGUGGAGUGUGCCAGCAACUUGUUCUGUGAAAAAUAAAAGCUCACCCCAGACGGAGCUGCGGUGUUCUUCUCCUGGCAUUCAGACAAUAAGGCCAAUUGUUGUGGGCCCAGACUCAGAUGAAGAACGCAAUUUGUCUGUGGAAAAUUCUCAUAUCUGCUUCCUGUGGUAUCAUAAAGUUAUAAGUUUGUUUCACAAUUACACCCAGAUUAUUGUUGUGUGGAUAUAUGAUCCAGAAAAUGCAGAUCCUGAUGAGCUGCUAUUGAAUGCAAAUGAACCUUCACUGAAUUCCAAAAUACUUAGCAAGGAGCUGGCCACUUUAGGACAGAAGCCUGUCAUAUUUACAAGUCUGAAGAAAAGAUUUUAUUAUCCAGAUAGCAAAAUGAAGAAUGGGACCUGGCAUAUUGCAUUACCAAUGUCAGUAGACGAUGUGCUAAAGGAAGUUAAAGGAAAUCAAGUGGCUUUUCAAGACUGCUUUAUUGCAGAUGUUAUUUUCCUGCUGUCCUUCCCUUUGUUGACCAUGCCCGAUAUUCCUGGCUUUUUGCCAAUCACUACACCACAAGGUAGUCCGUUAAUAGCAUCCCAGAUGUCUUGUGUUCCUUCAUCGGUUGUGGUGGUAGCUGAUAUGGAGACCUUUCAAACAAAUGAUUCAUUCCGCACUUGGACCAGAAUCAGAGUGCCUCCAAACAUUUUGACUGACGAUGAGAGACACAACGUUUCUGAUGUGUACGUAUCAUGGGAUGGAAUAUUUUUUCUCAUAAACAGUGUUCUUUACAUCAGAACUUUUAUUGCGUUCAGAAGACUGGGAAGAGAUGAAAAUCUUCCCGAUAAUGGAAUUAGUGGCGCUACAAUAAGAAAAUGGUGUUGGGUCAAAUAUCUAAUAAAGAAUAAAGUAAGAAGUGCGAUGGCAGUCUGGACCAAAAAUGAAGUUUACUUAGGAUAUCUUUCUCUUAUCUUUGUGAAACUAACGACCACUGAAAAACUGAAAAGCCUUCUAAAUAUAUCACCAGCUGAUACACUGACUAUACAAAAUGUUGCAUUUCUAGCACACCCUUUGGAACUUGCCAUAAUAUUAAAUUACUGCACCACAUGUUCAAUCAACAAAAAGAUUUAUCUGGUAAUAUAUAAUGAAGAUACAGAGCAGUGGAUGAAACAAGACUUUGCAUUAGAUGUCACUAGCGACACUGUUUUAAGUGCAUAUUUUAUAUAUUCAGCAAUGCCAGACUUAUUACUAUGGGACAAACAUAGGCUCUACUAUUGCUAUCAAAAUUUCACCGACACGGGAAUUAUCCAAACACCUACAGAAUUUGGAAAUUUAUCAAGGUUAUCACAGAACAGCACUAUUCAUAAUGUUUUCAUAGAUUAUUACGGAAAUGUGGUGGUGAAAAUGAAAAAUAAUAUAAUGUUCUAUUUCAAGGCCAAUAUUAGAGACGCAGUGAAACUACACGUAUGGAUUAACAGUACAAUGAAGUCAUUGACUGCAAUGAGUUCCUCUGGUGUAGUGUUUCUCAUACGUGUUUUUGAAAAUGGCACAGUGUAUCCGCAGGAAUAUCCUUUAAGACUAGAAGCAGAAAGUGUAGCUUUCACUAUCAAAGAGAAAUGCCCCUACGUGGCAUUUCUUAAUAAUAUUUUUACUGUUUUCUACUUUUUGGACAAGGGACAGAACAUAUCCAUCUGGACUCAGAUAGUCUAUCCAGAAAAUGUUGGUCUGUAUAUUAUGGUGGAAUCAUAUGGCCCAAAAAUAUUACAAGAGAAACAUCACAUUCACUAUGAAAUUGCCCUAGGAUACUGCACCAAAACCAUGACAAUAACAUUUUUUCAAACUAAGAAUUAUGAAGCAGUAGAUGAUUACUUCAAGUUGCAAAACGAGAACAUGGGUCUUCAGCUUAUUCAUGUCAGGCCUAGCGCCUCAGCAAGAACAUGUCCGAUAGCCCAGAAGGCGUUCCAAAUAUACGCUGGCUGUGAUCCUACUAAACGCAUUGCUGUGAAAGGAUUUAAUAAAAAAGAAUGUCUUCAGCAUGAUUUCUUUUACAAUAUUGAAAAGUCAUAUUUGAGGAAUAAGCCAUCUAAAAACUUGCGAGUAAAAUAUGAUUGGAAUGAAUAUGGCUGCCCAUUAAGACUUGAUUUUGGAGAAAAGUUUCACCCUGUGCUUCAACUAUUCAAUGAAAAUGGCUAUAUUGAAGACGUGGAAGUCAAUUUCAUCGUGUGGGAAAUCCACGGCAGGAAUGACUACAGCUUUAAUAACACUAUGAAGAAGAGUGGUUGUUUAAAUGAAGCCCAGACUUGGAAGUCAAUGAUUGCACGUAACAAACACCUCCCACUAGGAGAGGUCUGGGGGCCUGAGAACUAUAAGCACUGUUUUUCUUAUGCUAUCGGAAAACCGGGAGACCUGAAUCAACCAUAUGAGAUCAUCAACAAGUCUAACUAUAACCAUUUAGUUUGGCCCGUAGACCAUUCUGGAAUGUAUGUGUUUCGUGUGAAGAUCCUGGAUCCAAACUAUAGUUUCUGUAACCUGACAACUAUAUUUGCAAUAGAGACCUUUGGAAUGAUUCCCAGGGAACAAAGAAACGGAGGCCAACCCGAGGCAGAGGUGAGGCCGGGAAGAUGUUACGAGGUAUUGAGAGAGAAUUGAUGAUCUGGGAGAGAAAGCGGGGAACUCCUGGACCAGAAUCUUGAGCAGGCAAGAUGGCUGAGACCCAGCGCUGACACUCAGAAUGGAACAGUUCACCCACUUCGACGAGAGGGAAGCCAGAGUGCCAGGGUACCCAUACCCAUGUAGGGCGGUGGCAGGAAAGUGAGCAGCGUGUGGCGGCCUUGAGAAUGCUCCCCGCCGGCCUCCUGCUGAAAAUGUGCAAUUGACCCAGGGCACCAGCAGCUACCUGCGGACACCCACCACCACAUCUGCACCAAAGCCACACAGGCACACCCAGGCUGCUCCCCUCUGGUGACCGGGUGCAGAGGGGAAACUUAGGCUGGAUUCUAGGUAGACCAGGACUCCUGCCUCAGGGACUCCCGAAGGCUUCCGGAACUUGCCUGAUAUUGCAUGGCCCUUGCAAGGUGGUGUGGACACCCCCGUCCAAUCUCUGUCUCUCAUUCUCUUUUCUCUGAUGAUUCUCCCAACCUUCCACUACUUCCUAUUGCCUUUCACGAAGUACUUCCUCUAAUA